AUGGGUGGUUAUGUGCUGCCUCUCUGGUUGCCAUGUCUAACCUGCGCUGAUUUUUUGCAGGCUGUAGCUGAUGACAAUAAUGGCAAAUUGAAGGUCUACCUAAGAGUUCGACCUCUGAAAUCUACAGAAGUGGAAAAAGGGGAAGACCAGGGCUGUGUCUACAUUGAGAACUCAGAGACCCUUCUUCUAAAAGCUCCUAAGAACUCCUUCGCCAUGCGGUGCAUGGAACGUGGAGUGGGACAAGCGUUGCACAGGUUCUCUUUCACUCGGAUCUUUGGACCAGAUGUGGGGCAGAAAUUGUUCUUUGAUGAGACAAUGAAACAGGUGAUAAAGGAUGUACUGAAUGGGCAGAACUGUCUGGUUUAUACCUACGGCAUUACCAAUUCAGGGAAGACUCACACGAUUCAGGGCACCAACCAAGAUGGGGGGAUUCUGCCUCGCUCCUUGGCAACCAUCUUCAACAGUGUGGGGGACAAGCUGUACCAAGCCAUGGACCUGAAGCCUUCCCUCUCCAACGAGGUGAUCUGGCUGGACAGCAGGCAGGUGAAGCAGGAAGAGACUAAGAAGCAGAUGAUGCUGCAGGGGGGUCUCUGGGAGGAGGAGCUGUUAACGCCACUGAAGAGGAGUUGCAGUGCUGAAUCUCAGCUCCAGGCCACCAACAGUGGCAGUUUUGACAGUGGAGUUGCUGGCCUCUCUUCAUCCAGCCAGCUCACCAGCCGUUCAGACCUCAGCCAGACUGAAGAACUGGGCCCUCUGUGGGCUGAUUUGGAUCGGAUUUCACUCACCAGUGCAGGAAAUGUGCAGUUCUCCAUCUGGGUCUCCUUCUUUGAGAUUUACAAUGAGUUAAUCUAUGACUUGUUAGACCCAACUCUCUCUGGACAGAACCGCAAGCGGCAAACACUGCGGCUCUGCGAGGACCAGACUGGCAACCCCUAUGUGAAAGAUCUGAACUGGUUCAAUGUCCAGGAUGCUAAUGAAGCCUGGAAGCUCCUGAAACUGGGUCGGAAAAACCAGAGUUUUGCCAGCACCCACAUGAACCAGAACUCCAGUCGCAGUCACAGUGUUUUCUCCAUUCGGAUUCUGCACUUGCAAAGAGGUGGCAAUGAAGUUGUUCCAAAAAUCAGCGAGUUGUCCCUGUGUGACCUGGCGGGGUCCGAGCGCUGCAAGGACCAGAAGAGCGGGGACCGAAUGAAAGAAGCCAACAACAUCAACACCUCCCUGCACACGCUGGGCCGCUGCAUCGCCGCCCUCCGCCAGAACCAGCAGUCCAGGACAAAGCAGAUGGUGGUUCCAUUUCGGGACAGCAAGUUGACCCGUGUGUUCCAGGGGUUCUUCACUGGGCGCGGGCGCUCCUGCAUGAUUGUCAACAUCAACCAGUGCGCGUCCACUUAUGAUGAGACUCUGUAUGUAGCCAAGUUCUCAGCCAUUGCCAGCCAGCUUGUUCAGGCGCCUCCCACAAAGCUGGGACUUCCAUCCCUACAAUCCAUCAUCAAAGAGCACAGUAGGAGAACCAGCCAGCAGGCAGAGGCAAAGGAAGAAGUGGACUCAGAAGAAGAUGAAGACACUGAGGAUGAGGCAGAUGUCUCCAUGUAUGAGAAGAAGGACUUGUUGCGUGCAGCAGAAGCUGCGCGAGAGCUGCUGGUGCAGGAGCGGCUGAAGAAGCUGCAGCUCGAGAUGCACCUGCGCGAGGAGAUCUGCAAUGAGAUGAUGGAGUACAUGCAACAGAAGGAACAGUGGUGGAGCCAACAUGUGGAUACUCAGAGGGAGCAGCUGGAGGAGCUGUAUGAGGAAAAAUUGACUAUCCUGAAGGAGUUAUUGACUGACCAUUACCAGGAGAAAAUCCAGGAGCGCGAUGAGGAGAUUUUGGAGCUCCAAGCUACUCUGCGGGAGACCAAAGAAAAACUGGAAAGUCUGGAUACCAAGGAAAAGGACACGGAGCAAGGCUUACGUCGAUCCAAGCGAGUGGCUUCCUCCUCAUCUGCUGUGCAGAAGGAGCUGGCAGAUACCAAAGCCAGACUGGAGCAGUGUCAAAGGGAGUUACAAACCACGACUGCAGAGUUGCACAGGUACCAGAAAUUAGUGGAGCCACCUCCCUCUGCCAGACCCAUUACUAUGGAUGUAGACAGGAAGCUGGAGGAUGGACAGAAGAAUGUCAGGUUGCUGCGUUCAGAGUUACAAAAAAUUGGGGAGUCUCUCCAGUCUGCAGAGCGAGCAUGCUGCCACAGCACAGGAGCAGGGAAGCUCCGAGAAGCCCUCUGCACGUGUGAUGACAUUCUGGCCAGACAGGACCAAACCCUGGCAGAACUGCAGAACAACAUGAUGCUGGUCAAGCUGGACCUGCGGAAGAAGGCGGCCUGCAUUGCCGAGCAGUACCACACGGUGCAGAAGCUCCAGGCUCCUCCAACAUCCACCCUCAAGAAACGCUUCUGUGCCAACAGGGAAAACCUACAACCUAAUCAGCCCCCUGGUAAAAAGCCCUUCCUGCACAACCUCCUGACACGUUCAGCCACCCGUACUGCUGCUGCCAGAGGGUGGCAACUUCGUUCAGUCGCUCUAUGACUUUUCAGAAGGAGAUCCCUGCCCUUCUGUUACUGGAACAGGUGGCAAAUCCAAUAUAAU